AUGGCGGGCGCCGCAGCUUGCUUGGCCGAAACGCGGGUGGGGCAAGUAGUGAUGCCGGGGGAAGCGUUGAUCUUGCCCAGCCAGGGCGAAGCGGACGGCGAGCGGCUGCGUCUGAAUUCGAGUGGGCCGCAGAAGGGGCGGCUGGUUUGCGGGCCGGGGUUGAGACGCGGCGCCGACGGCCUGCUAGUUACCAAAUGCGGGUUGCUUCGCUACCGUGGCCAUUCCGCUCAGACCGGAAGUGGGAGCGGAAGUAGUUCCGGGGGAACCUAUUGGGUGGACUCACAACAGAAGCGGUAUGUCCCAGUGAAGGGAGAUCAUGUGAUCGGCAUAGUGACAGCCAAAGCUGGGGACAUAUUCAAACUGGAUGUUGGAGGCAGUGAACAUGCCUCUCUCUCUUACUUGGCAUUUGAAGGAGCCACCAAAAGGAACAGGCCGAAUGUGCAGGUGGGUGACCUUAUUUAUGGUCAGUUCAUCGUGGCCAAUAAAGAUAUGGAACCCGAGAUGGUCUGCAUAGACAGCAGCGGCCGGGCGAAUGGCAUGGGAAUCAUAGGACAGGAUGGCUUUUUAUUCAAGGUCUCGCUAGGCCUGAUAAGAAAACUCUUGGCUCCAGAUUGUGAAAUCAUGUGGGAUUUGGGACAACUUUAUCCUUUUGAGUUAGUGUUAGGAAUGAAUGGAAGAAUCUGGGUAAAAGCCAAAACAAUUCAACAGACUUUAAUAAUAGCAAAUGUUCUGGAGGCUUGUGAGCACAUGACAGCCGAACAGAGGAAAUGUGUAAUUGCAAAAUUGUUAGAAAACUGAUGCCGAUGAGGAUGAUGACGCGUGAUAAAUUUCCAGAGAGAGAAAGAGAAAAUGCUGCACAUUUAAAUAUUUUUUAGGUAUACGAUAAAUACAAACUAGAGCUGUUAAUUCUAUGUAUUUUGGGGGUUGUUGUUUCUUGUACUCUAUCCUGUUUAUUUUUCAAAUGGGAAGUUCUGUACUUAGUAGUGGACUUUUUGUAAAGAUUCCCAAACUACAACGUUGUAAAUGUUUGUUGAAGAUUUUUAAAAAGGAGAUACUUGCUAUUUUUUAACUUGAUAUUCGUUUCAUUUAAUUUGCAAAUAUGUACAGACUUUUUCACGAGAAAUUUUUUAAUUCACUGAGAUGUAUGUUACAUGCAUCAUGGCCUAAGACUGAAUUGGAUUUUUAUUCUGAAAAGUAGAUGCUGAAAAAAUGAAAUAUAAAUAAAAAUUACCAGAGAA